UAUCAUCAGGACCUGUACGACUUGUCGGUUUUAUAACCUGACUGACUCUCUAACUGACUCGACUGACAACAGGCAGGUGUGAACAUGCUGCACAAUGGAAACGGGAAGGAGAAACCGCUGCAAGCUCCCAAGGCUGAGGCAGAGCCGGACUCACCGAGCCCACCAGAGCGGCAGCAGCAGCCCGAUCUCCCCGCAGCAGCAGCAGCAGAUGACCACAAGGACCCGGGCUCCGUGUCCACUCACUUUCCUCUGCCCGUUUACCCGAAACUGGAGAUAAAGCGCAACGCAGUGACGGACGAUUAUAAGAUCUCCAGUCAGGUUCUGGGCUUAGGGAUCAAUGGCAAAGUGUUGGAGUGUUUCAACAAGAAGACUGGAGCCAAGUGCGCACUGAAGAUCCUGUAUGACAGUCCCAAAGCGAGACGAGAGGUGGAGCUUCACUGGCGAGUGUCGGCAGGACCGUACAUUGUUCGCAUCCUCAACCUGUAUGAAAACAUGCAUCAUGGGAAGAAAUGUCUGCUCAUCAUCAUGGAGUGCAUGGAGGGAGGAGAGCUGUUCAGCCGAAUCCAGGCCAGAGGAGACCAGGCCUUCACUGAGAAAGAGGCGUCUGAGAUUAUGAGAGACAUCGGCACGGCCAUCAAGUUUCUCCAUGACAUGGACAUCGCCCACAGAGACAUCAAGCCAGAGAACCUGUUGUACCAGUCUAAAAACCUAAAUUCAGCCCUCAAACUGACAGACUUUGGCUUCGCUAAGGAGACGACACUACACAACCCUCUCCAGACUCCCUGCUAUACACCUUACUAUGUCGCUCCUGAGGUUUUGGGUCCAGAGAAAUAUGACAAAUCAUGUGACAUGUGGUCGCUUGGCGUCAUCAUGUACAUCCUGUUGUGCGGCUUUCCUCCAUUUUACUCCAACACGGGUCAGGCCAUUUCACCAGGGAUGAAGAGGAGGAUCAGGAUGGGCCAGUACGAGUUCCCCAAACCAGAGUGGGCUGAGGUGUCACAGGAAGCUAAAGAUCUGAUCCACCAGCUUCUGAAGACAGAACCUACAGAGAGAAUGACCAUCGCUCAAUUCAUGAACCAUCCCUGGAUUACUCAGUCCGUGAUGGUUCCCUCCACACCGCUCCACACCACCCGGGUUCUGACUGAAGACAGAGAGAUGUGGGAGGAUGUGAAGGAGGAGAUGACCAGUGCGUUGGCCACCAUGCGUGUGGACUACGACCAGGUGAAGAUCAAGGACCUGGACACGUCCAGCAACCCUCUGCUCAACAAGAGGCGUAAGAAAGCAGCAGCAGGAGGCAAGAGCGUCUCCACCGUCUGCCAGAGUCAGUGAAGACACAAAAGCAGUCAAUGAAGAUGAAGAUUCAUGCAGAAUAUUUUAUUUUUUGUUGUUUUUUUUAGACAGAGAGAGAGCUGCUCUGGACUCAUGAGUGACUGAAUGUGAAGAGCGUGUUCUCUGGAAUUAAAAGGAACUUCAUAGGAUCAAAAGCGACUGGACAUUUUCACGACACGUGUGGUAGAACUCCACAGCUCUGCCUGUUUUUAAUUAUUAUUGUUAUUUAUGUGAUUUUUAGAUCCUGGCUGCAAACGUCAUGUACCGUCGAGUAUUUGUAGUGAUGGUGUUUCGGUGUUUAUUCGAAUGCUGCAUUACCUGUUUUUAAGUCUCUUGUGUAGGAACGCACCAGCGUGACGGUCACACACACGCACACAGACGGACAAACCCACUGUGGACAGACUGUGAAGCUCGAACACUCAGUAUGACCUGUGUUGUCUUAAUAUUGUCUGUCGUCUGCUGUUUCUUUUCAGGGAUUAAAAAAGUCUUGUCAAUAAAAUGUAGCCUUCAUAAA